AUGGCUCCACGAGGACGAGGAGGAAAAUUCUCAAAGCCCACCAGAGGAGGUGGCAAGCAUUUUUCCCGUGACCUGCAACCUCUGGACAAAGAGGGAAACCAGAUGGGCAUGUGGCGAGAACCAGGAGAGCGACCAGAAGAGCCCUCAGAAGAGGAAGAAUCAUCGGAAGAAGAGUCUUCGGAAGACGAUGACGAGGGAGCCUCGGCAGCGCAGCCCUCGUCAAAUGAGCUGAGUCGGGAACAACGCAAAGAGCUCGCUCGCAAGAAGAAGCAAGAAGCCAUUGCAAAGAAGAACCAGAAGGCCGCGGCCGUCGGGGACCUGCCCAGUACUUCUGAAGAUGAAGAGGAGGAAGAUGACGAUGACAUGCCGGCCAACCCCAACCACACGCAAAAGGCAAGGUCGCAGGCACGAGCAGUCACGGGCCCCAGCGGCGAAGCACCAAAGAAGACGGAGAAGGAGAAUCUCAGCAGGCGGGAACGAGAAGCCAUUGCUGCACAGCAAGCUCGGGAGAGAUACCAGAAGCUCCACGCGGAGGGCAAGACCGACGAGGCAAGGGCAGACCUGGCGAGACUGAAGUUGAUCCGCGAGCAACGCGAGGCCGCUGCGGCACGGAAACAGGCCGAGAAGGAGGAGAGAGAAGCCCGCGACAAGGAGAAGAACGACCGGGAGGCUAAGAUGAGAGAGGCGGCGCUGGGCACUGCUGGCGCAGCAAAGUCGGUCAAAAAGGGCAAGAAAUGA